CUUGACUCGGGUUUGAGCUGCAGGCUGUCAAUUGCAGUCUCGUUGUCUCCACUUUACUCGCAACAUCCAGGCGGGUAACAAUGUGAGGGAGAGACGGCUGUUUUAUCCCGGACCUCCCGCGUCUCGGCCCCCCCUCGUCCGCCCAGGAUGGAUGAGAGGAGAGCUGAACCGGACCGCAACACCGGCGCCAACCCGGUUUCGCUUUAUGGGGAGUUUACGGUCGCCGGUAACCGAAAAGUCAGGUGUGCCGUCAGCUUGACCGAAAAGGACCUACUUGUGCAGAGGCUCACCUCGACACCUGUCGGGCGGAACAAGAUAGUUCUGAGCCUGAAAGACUGCGUCGGCUGCCGGGCUUACCGGGGUGAUGAUAACUCGGACCCAGCAGCGUACCUGUCCGUCUACUUCUACCCGCUUAAACGGCGCUGGAUGAGUUCCGGGGUCUCGCGACAGAGAGUGGAGCAGUGCUUCCGUCUCGCGGCGCUCCAGGACCCUCGCGCCAACCUGGAGGAAGCAGAGAAGUGGGCUCGCGCCGUCCGAGAACGCUCUGCCCGGCAACAGUAUCUAAGAGACGGUGAGUGCUCCUCAGCAACAGGAGGGGAAAGUUGAUGUUUCUGUCGUUUCGUACAGCAGGACUCCACACUUCAUAUGUAGAAACUGAACAGAAUUAAUAAAUUCAUGAAUAAAAAUAGAAAAAAUGAGAAAAAAAACAAAACAAAUGGUGACCAAUAAUCCCAUUUUCUCCCACACACUGUGCUUUUUUAAAAAUAAGUAAAUAGCUUGUCGUGUUUUAAGAAGCACCAAGGGGUGAGUUAUUGAAAGACUUAACUCUGAACAAUCAAGAUUUGGCAUGUAAGUGUCUGCUUAUAGCUUCUAGAUCUCCCUCAAACAGCAGAUAACUGUCAUACUAACUACACUUUGUGAAAACACUGUGCCAACAAUUUAUCCAUACUAUAUCUGUACUUGUGCUUUAGCCUACCACAUUUUGCCCUUCUUGCUUUUAGUAGUGAUUAGAAUAGCCACCCCUAUCACAGGACUGUUAUUGAGGGACAUUUCUGCAUACAACAUAGCCUGCCUGAUAAGAGUAUUGGUCUUUAUUGUUACAAAUUUCCCAGCCUUGCUUAUUUUAAUUCAUAUAAACCCUUGUCUUUCACCUAUUUUGACCUGCUUUUAAUUCCCAGAAUAUCACUUUGUUACCUGCAAAGACUCACAGUUAUCCUUCAUGGUUUAUUCAGUAGACCUGGUCUGAUAAAGAGGAUGGAUUACAUACAAGAAAGGGGGCAUAGCUGCUUGACUCGACUUCUUCCCAAUAACAAGCAAUAGGGUGACUAAUAGUAGUAAAAUGUCUCCUUACAUAAAAGUCCGUCAUAAGUUUACCCAAUAUUUCAACUGAGUAAUUACCUGAGGAAGUAUUUAGUCAAAUGACUUUACAGUACAUAUCACUUGUAUAGUCUCUGUCAAAAAACCAAGAUGGCAAUCGUCCAGAUACCAAACCUAAAGCUUUAUGAUAAUAGUCCACAGUGGACAGUGGACAAUGUUUUCAUGGUUACAGGCAUGUCUUAUAGUGUAUGGUACAGUGUCACCUUUCAGUAACCCUAGCCUGCAAACAUACCGUAAGCACAAAAGACCCAAGAAAGCACAAGACAGUAUAGGAAGUAUUGCUGCUAUUGAAUUCACGUCAAGGUGAUUAUCCUGUAGCUAUAGAACUGCAUCCUUAUCUCCACAGAGUCACACGGUAGCAUUACCCUUAACCUGCUUCUAUAUCAAUUAAACAAAAAGGAAAGGCGUGGUAUGGAGAGUUAGCCCAGCCUGCAAACAAAACAUCUUAGCUAAAAAGACACCUGAGAAAUACAAGGAAAUAUGACAUGGAGAUUAAGUAGUGACACCAGGUAUAAGUACUCCAAUGGGAAAAUGUUCUAUAAUUGGAGAUUUCUAAAGAUAUGUCCCCUCAUUAUUUGUUUUACACACCAAUAUGUCCUGACUCUGAGGAGAAAGAAAUAAAAUGCAGCUCUUUGCCUCACACAAACUUCUUAUUCCACACAACGACAGUAUCAGUGGCACUCUGUGACCCAGAUAACAUUUCCCCAUUUGCACAAAUGUAUUUUUAAUGAGGCUAAAUAUUCUGCAAUUCUAUACGGCUUGUCUUUGUCAGAAUAGGAAGAGCAGACUUUUAGUAACUCAAGACAGUAUUAUUUGCUUUACACAUAAUGUGAUUCCAGGACCUGGAGUUGAACCUGAGACAGUUACCCAACAAGUUUUGUACCUGGGGACAGAGAACUAAACACAAAUGUCUCUGUAGCUUUAGCUGCUCUGUAGUCAUGUAGUACACCUCUACCUCCGCCUAGUUUAUUCAGACUGCUGUGUCUGGAGUCAUUUAAAAACAACUUUAUAUCCUCUUGGAAAAAAAGGAUAUAUAGUUAGGACAGGGUUGUUUUUAUUCCUGUCAAGCUUUACCUUCUUACACAUUUAGUUAGUAUUUUUUGGUAGAUUAACUCACCCAAAUUCAUUUAAAUUGUUCAUAGUCACCUUAGUGGCCAACAACUGACCAAUGAAACAAAAGUUAACUUAAUUUACAGACGUAUGUUUCACUGCUUUUCAUAAUUUGACAGAGAAUUUUGCAAAAAAAUAAACCUAUAAAAUCUCAUUUUAAAGCGUAGUUUUCAUCUCAAGAAAGUUCAUUAGCCACUCACUAAGAUGCUUCAUUGAUAUUUAUUGUGUCCAUCUGUCUAUUGGUAGGAUAGUUUUGCACUUCUGCUUAAGUGUCUCACUUCAGUGGACUUUUGCUGUCUGCAAAAUUAAAUUUAUAUGUCAUUUAGGCUUCAGGGCUUUCCGAUCUCUCUCAGGUAUGAGAGCGGGUUUGCAGUAUAAGGCACGGUGCAAAGUAAGUUACUCACCAUGCCAAAGGCCCUGUGAACCAUAAUAAAUCAUGUUCAGGAGCUCUGUAUCCAACCCAUUAGUCUUGAUGAGGUCGGCGCUGCCUGUCUGACCUCUUCCAUCAAUACUUUCACAUAUGUCAUUGUCAGGAUUUCCUGUGUAGUGCUCUUAAAAUCAUUCAGGAAGCAUCUAUUUUCUCCCGAUCUAUUUACAGGUGGCAGGCUAAGUCAUUGCUGAAAAUGAGAUAGAAACCUACACUUGACUCUAAACAUGGCCUGAGAAAGUGUUUUAGCAGAUUUUCUUAGGCUGUGCAGUGUGUCUUCACUACUUAAGGUUUAUUAUCUGAGAGUCCUGCUCUCUCCCUCUUAAGUUAUCUUUUCCAACUCAACUCUGCUUCUCUACGUCCUUUAAAAGAGAUUUAAUUCACUUACAUGUUCUGUUCAUGACGUCAACACAAGUUUGCAUGAUAAUGAAUCAUGCAUCUGAUGAAAUUUCAACACAACAAGCAGUUAGUUGGCCGAGAGAAACUGUUGAGUCACGUUUGGCGUCUGUUGCUGUGCACUUUUUGUUGAUGAGGAAGCAGUCUGACAGGUCACAGGGCACAGAUUUUUGCCUAUAGACUGUUAGGGAGAUGCAGUGCAGAGUGUUUUUCAUGUUGGGCCAAGUGUUGGCACCAGACUUUAAACACAAGAUUUGAGCGGACGUGAGGUGACACACACACAUCAUUUUGUUGGCAUUAGUCCUUAACACGUCAGGGUGCUGACUCAAGCCCCCCAUGAAUACCAUCCCAGCUCAGACAAUUGAAAUUGACAGCUCAGAUGCAUCGCCAAGUGUUUCCUAGAUAGUAUUGACCCUUUGUUGUCGAUAACUCGAUUGAGUUCAGCUUUGGACAGAGCUGUCAUUAGCAUGAGUCAGCUGACGGCAGUUGGCAGAGUUCCUUGUAAUGAUUGGAUCGAUCGCUGUGGUUUAUCAUCUGGCUUGAGCACUUUGCUGUUCAAUGACAAUGAUUUACAACACGUUAGCAACUGGAUGGGAUUAAUUCAUCGGGGUAGUCUUUGCUGAGUCAUCACAGCAAAGACUACCUGGCACAAACUGUUGUUUUACUUAUUUAAGGAACUACUCCAGAAAAUGAACACAUCUCUUCUGCCUUGUCGCAUCAGUUACGUGCCCAGUAGUUCAUUUCUCAGCCUUUGGUGAAAGCAGCAGCAGUAUGACAAGUAUUUUUCAAGUGUGGUCCCUCAGGUCCCCAUAUGAAAUUGUUGUGUUUCAGUAAUAGUGAGAUUAAUUUGGACACUUGGGGGUUAAAUGUUGGCAAAAGAAACUUUUUCCUCACAUAGAUCAUGACUUGUACUAAUGCACCAUAACUGAGUAAGGCUGCUCGUAAAAGAUUGAAACCAUGGAAACAGCACUGAUGGAUAGUCGGAUGAGAAGCACCUUGUUCGGCGGUCUCAAGGGGGGACCAGCUGCUCCUUUUAGCAGCAAAAUCCAGGCCUCUCAGGCAGACAAUGAUAUUACUCGUACAUUACCUCUGACCUAGACAGGGCUGAGUCUAGACUGACUGUUUGUUUACUUUAUUACAAAAACAUAUCAUACGCUAAUUAAAUUCUCAUGUUUACUCGGCUGUUGAGGGCGGAUCAAUAACCGGUUAUGUGACUUCAGAGUGCUGCUAAUGUAUUUGAGUUAUUUUUGAAGAUGGUAUCUUUUUUUCUCUGAUUAUUAAAUCUUUUUUCUACUUCUGUUUGAAAAAAACAUUUUUGAUGCAUGAUGCAAAUGAUGCAUUAUCAUUUGCACAACUAAUGAAUGAAUUCAUGUAUAAUCUGUGGAAAUGCAGAUGGUCUUUGCUUUUGAAAUUCAAUGUAAAUCGCUGUAAAGUUUAAAUAUUCCAUCGCAGGCACUGAAAUGAAAAACUGAUGCUCUAUAGGCAGAUUUUUAUGUGGGACGAUAUGCAAAUAUCUUGACUGUUACAUAUUUUCAUAUACGGUAUGUCCUUUUUUAGAAUUAUCAGUAUUUGACUUCAGUGUGUUGGGGAAGAGUGGGUGAUAAUAAGCAUGAGUUGACUGGUAGGUGCUUUCUGUGACAAUGACACAACAGAGAGCAGAUGUUUAGGAAUUAGUCAGCAUCUAUUGAAACUUGUAGAACUGGAAAAAACCCGAGACUGUUCCAGCGAACGGGUGAUUAAUCAUUUUCAAACUGACCAGAAUGAAGAAACUUCCUCAUUUCGCUCAUUUCAUUCAUAAAACAGAAGGUUGUUCCUCUUUGAGUAAAACGAGUAAAAGGGUUGUCUUCCAUCAGCAUUUUUAACUGUGUGUGUAUGUGUGUGCUUGUGUGUGUUGUGUAUGUGUGAAUAUGGUCAGGCGGUGGUAGCAGCAGUCCUCUCCCUGAGGACUCCUCCUCAUUUGAAACAUGCUGCGACUGAGCUUGACGUGUUGUCGUGACCUCUGAUUCAGCCUCUCUGGAGCUUUCUCUUUCUUUCUCUCUGGAGUCUCACAGCAGCUUUGUAUCUGUAAUGACAUUCUCCUCCGCUCUCUUCACUCUCACCCUCUGGACCUAUAAAAGUUUGCCCCGUUGUCGACUGUGCAUUAUACUGACAUGCAUUAGAAGCAUCACCAGCUAUUCUCAGAAAGUGCUUCCCAAAUUGUUCUGUGAUACGCCGACAGCAACAACAACCACUAAUUGGACAGUCGGUCUUCGGAGCAGCUGGUUUACCUCAAAAAAGCGGGUUUUCGCCUGGUAAAAGAACAUGUGGUUGUGUUUUUUUCUGCAUUUGGAAAUCCACUUCCUCAAUACACUGACCCACAGCACAUUUAUAAUCAUCUAGCUGUUUGUUUUUAACAGUUUGAUAGAGUAUGAUGUUUUGCUCUCAUUCUUUGACCCAAAAACUGUCUGAUGUUUGCAUGAAACAAUGUGUUAUACUAAGCAUUUCAGCUCCAGAUCCUUUUAAAUUAAAGCAUCUUUAACCGAACGCUGAAUUAGCUGAACUAUAACUAAAUGACUCUCAGAAAGUUUGUUUAAAUAUGCAACCUCUCCGUGUUGUGAGGUCUGCAACCUUAAAAUACUCACACACAAGUCCCUCUAUGAAAUCUCAUUCUCAUCAUUAAACAAAGCCGGGAAAGCAGCGUGCACAAGCGGUUGAGAGACAGUGCAUGAUGAUUUUAAUGAAAACCUCAAUGUCGUAAACUCUCUGCUGUUCCUUAUAUAGAUCUACAGGCAGCCGACCACAGUCACCUCCUCCUCCUUUCUUCCACACCCUUUGUGGUUCUGGCUCAGCAAAAAUCCGCUGUGUGCCUAAACUGUCUCCACUCUUUGAUUUACAGACAGCUUUAUGCAUCUGAAUUUAUCACUGUGCCGAUGCAUGUAUAUGACUGCAUUUAGGUUUAGUGAGGGAAAAUAAGGUUUUCUUAAAGGUACAGCGGGAGAUACAGCUGUAAACAAAGAGGGGAUGUACGAGAUAAAAAACCAGAGUGGGGAAACAUACUUACUCUUUGAUAAAAUAUUUGUAGUUUCAAAUGCACUAGGUUUAAAUAUUUGUUGAACACAGACACGAAUCAGGCCAACAGUUCCUCUGAGCGGAGAAGAGGAAAGGCAGGAAUAUUUCAGGAUAAAACUGCCACGACUGCCAUAUAGCUGCUACAUCAGCUUUCAAACAAACCCUAGCUAACAUUAGUGUUAGCCAUGAACCAAAUGCUCACACACUAUCAUACCAAAAUGUAAGUCGCCGAUAGCGGGCUAGCUAGACUUCUGCUAGCAUUCUGCAAUCUAACUUGAAAGCUAAUGUUAGCCCACAUUGUAGAAAGCCUGAACAUAUCAGACCAUAGACUGUAUAUAGAAUGGACGCCGUCUGCCUCCUCAAUGGGUGAAGCCACUCCGAGAACAGCCCCCUCUGGUGACAGGCUGCAGUAUAGGUCAUAGAUCCCGCCUCCUCCAGCAAAGCUCAUGGAGCUGUGGACAAACUUUAGACAUUUAUUACACAGAACAUGAUUUUUUCUCCCCCUUGCUUGUGAUGUUGACAUGUAGUUACAGUAAGACUGGUUUGUGCUCAAGUCCUCUUUAUCUGUGAAGCUCUGUUUUUAAAAGUUAUUAGGGGGUCCAAGUUUUCUAUGAUUGACACCUGAUACAGCCUAUUGGUAGGCCUGUCACGAUAACAAAUUUUGCUGGACGAUAAUUGUGCUACAAAUUAUUGCCGAUAAACGAUAUUAUUGACACCGUUUUUUAAAUUAUAGAUAAUGAUAUUAAAUGGAAUAAUAAUGCGAGUACACCGUGUCAAAAGUGAUAAACUUUAAUUUCACCCACGACGAAGACGUAACGUUGACGAGGUAAACAUAAGUCGGAGAUGACUAAAAUGUGACGAGACGAAAGUGCGUUUACGUUGAUGGGACGAGACGAAAAUGACGAACAGAGUUGCAAAACUCAGUCAAUUAAACGCUAAACAUAUAGGAGCAGCUUCAGUCCGCUCUGACAGCUCUCAUCAGCCUGCUGUGCUCCUCCAACACACAGACACACGCGCGCGCGCACACACACACGUGGAGUUCUGUGCUUGACGAAAACAAAACUGGUUUAAAGCCGAAAUAUUCCCACACUUGGGCUGUUGCGUUCGGUUUAGACACCAAAGCUGUCGUGUUCAUUCUGUUUGCUUGCUUUUCACUCACGACGCUCACUUGCAGCACUGUAUUCAAAAAGUCUGUGUCUGUGUGCCUGUGCGCGCCAGCCCCCUCGUGACAAAGACACUGAAUGACUGACAGGAGGGUUCACUAACUCCGUUCAUUCCGCUAUAGAGACAACGCCCCCAGGUGCCGAGAAAAAUGCGCAGAGUGAGACCUCUUCUCUCAUCCAGCGUGUUUGGUAGCGAGAGAGGAGGAAAACAAAUGCACGUCAAUUAUCGAGGCUGGCAAAAUGACCGACCUCAUUUUUAUUUACCGAGCGAUAAGGCGAUUUAUUGAUUAUCGCGACAGGCCUACCUAUUGGCAUUCAAGGAUUGUGUAAUUCACCCGAUGAUGACAGCUGACAACCGAUUUCUGUCUAACAUUACCAUUUGAAAAUAAGAUACAAAACAACAUUGUAGCUAAUCGUAAACUUAACUGGACCAAUUAAACAUUAACAGUUCAGCAGUGAGUGCUUAAUGAUCACAGAGUUAUAUCUUUGGGUUUACCCAGCUAUCAGUACUAUGAGCUUAGAGUUGGUUAGUAGCCACCUUAAAGAUAGGAUAAGAUAAGAUAUUCCUUUAUUAGUCCCACAGGGGGGUAUAAAAAAAAAGGAAAUAAAGUGUCUUAAUUUUCUUUCUUUUUUUUUACAUUAAAUAUGCUGUUAUUAGUGGUGCUUUUAUAUCAUCUUUAUUCAAUAACGUCUAGAGUUACAAUAGUCAUGAUGUGAACAUGAAAAGAUAAACUUAGGUGAUCACUUUGCCAUACCUCCAUAAAGCAGUUUUAGUUGAAGCACUUGUGCAACAGUGUUGAAAUAGAAAUUGCUUUGAAAUACCUUAUAUAGUAAAAAAAUGUAUUUGUCAAUCCUCAUGUUUUUAUUUGUUUGUAGCAGUCGUGCACCGCCAAAGAAAUAUUAAUGUACAAAGUAAAUGUAGCUUUCAAAUAUAAAAUAAAUUUAGCCAAUGAAAAAGUGAAGUUUUUCCAUCUGAAAUAACACAAAAUUAAUACAAAAUUAAGAAAAACUCAAAUGCCACCCAAAGGUGACCUCAAGUGUAGUACUUGCAUAAUAUAAUGCAGUUGCAGUCAACCACUAAAUAUAGUAUAUAUAAUGCAAGAGUUUUCAAAUGCUGUGAUUAAAGAUCCACAUGUGAAUUUACUUCAAGUCAGAGGUUUGGAAAAUACCAUCCAGCCACAUAAAUGAAGGUUAAAAACAGAGUAAAGUAAAUUUAGCCGUAAGAUCUGUCAACUUUUCCGACAUGGACUUUUCUGUUUUUAUUUUGCUUAUUUUGCUGUGAAUGUUCUUGAGAAAACCAUUGCAAACAAAUUAAGACUCGGCUGAUUCUUAUACUUUACAAAUGCAUGGAAAAAUUAUAUAAUAAGUUAAAGAAUAUCCUUAUGUGUUUAGUCCUGAUCUUAACUUUGUGAAUGAUAUUUGAGUGUAAGAACUCACCCUCUAAUCCUGGUGAAAACAUCUCCGGCAUUGUGCUGUAUCUCUAAAUUACUAUCCUGAGGUUACAGCUGGUAUGUAGAUAACUACUCCAACUAUAGGUGUCAGAUUUCAAACUCAUAACGACCAAAAGGAUGUUUGCAGAUACUUUUAUAGUUUGAGUAGUUUCCUGAAAGACUUAAAACUCCACAUUUUAUUCGUACUUCUCAUCUCAAUCUGCAGCCUUGUGAAUUGUUUGUGAGCCACGCUGGGACAAAGCUAACAUUUAGUAGACUUUGGAUAUAUCUGUCAUAUUACAAGAGGAGGGUUUAAGAACCAGGUCAAAUACAUGUUAAUCCACUAAUUCCCUAAAUGUGGAAACUGGAUUCACUCCUAAUGGGUGCCUGUCACGGCUUAGAGCUCACUGAACAGUGCACAGAAAUGUAAGAGAAGUAAAAGCACUAGAACCUGUAGCCAGGUGUGCGGCUUUAAAUACAAGCCCUCUGUCGCUUUGUUGAUCUCGUGUGACCGGCAACAACUUAAUCUAGGAAAGAUGGAGAGACCGAACACUGUUUGCUGUGUUCUCAGUUUGGUGUCAUUGUCCUGUUUUGACUGAUGGAGGAUGACUUUAUCAGAGACAGGAGGAUGCUGAGCUAUCUGCAUGCACACUUUGUGGUUUUGGCAUUCAUAGUAAAUACACUAGAUCACUAGUGAAAGCUGCUGUGUGUUGAAAGGGUUCCUUUUGCACUCAGAACAACUGUCCAAGAAUCAUCGUGUUUGUAUCUUAGAAGUUCAGUUGUUACCAUUCCUCUCUCACAAAACAUUUUCCACAGUCCUCUGCAUUUGCACUGGCACAGCAGCUCCCUCCUCCUUUACAUCAGUGCUAUCCAGCCUUUAUUUGCUUGAAGCCCCCCUUCUUCUAAGAUAAGAUUAGAUGUUCCUAUAAUAGUCCCACAGGGGGAAAUUCCAAAUUUACAGCAGAAUAGUACAAACAUACAAAGAGAAAUUAAAGGAUAAAGAAACCUAAAGUUAAGUUAAGAAAAAAGAAAAAGAUAUUUACAUCAGUCAUAUUUACAUGUGUACAGAAUAUUAUAUCUAUCUAUCUAUCUAUCUAUCUAUCUAUCUAUCUAUCUAUCUAUCUAUCUAUCUAUCUAUCUAUCUAUCUAUCUAUCUAUCUAUCUAUCUAUCUAUAUGUAAACUGGACAACCCCCUACCCCAACAUUAUUGAGCAAAACGUGUUUUUUUUUAACCCAAACUAUCCAGCAAGUGUGAUAUCAUGAUUUAAGUUAAUACCUGUAGAUUUAAUCUUGACAACCUCAGAGCAGACAUAACCUCCUCUCACCCCUGACUUGGACUCCAGGUUAGGACCUAUUUACAUUCAUACUUGUGAUCAGGGCCUGACCGAUAAGGAAAUUUUGGGGCCGAUGCUCAUACCGAUUAUUAGGGGGGAAAAAAAUCUGAUUACCAACUAAUCGGACGAUUUUUGAAAUUUUUUAUAAAGUUAUAAAAAAUAUAUAUACUGUAGUAUCUACAGUAUACUUAACACUGUGGAUAUACUGUAGGCUACUGCUCUUCACGCCAACAGGAAGACUGACUGAUCAAACUCAGACCAGAAAAGCAUUUUCAACUUUUUCAAAUGGCGGAACAUUUUCAAAGUGAGACCGAAUCUUAUUCUCUGCAUUUUAUUUCUGAAAAUAUCUGCGAAAAUCUGCAAGUUUUGGCAUUUGAUUUGACCAAUUAGUCUCAAACGGGCUUAAAUUGGCCGAUUUAAUAGCUCGCUGAUAAAUCGUUUGGGCCCUACUUGUGAUGCAAAACUUUUCUCUUUCAAAAAAAAAAGAUUUGACUAAAUGUCACCAAAUUCAAACCGCGUUGGUCUGUUCCCAUUCGAGGCUGAGUGAUGUGGCGUGGGCUGAGCAGAGUGUGAUGAAAACCUUGUGCUUUUUGAAAAUCAAGAUUGCUGCCUGAGCCCUUCCUUAAUCACUGACAGUUUCUGCCUCGUCAUGCUUGGUGGCUGAAGUUGAAGCUGAUUUGAAGGAAGUUGAAUGAGAGCGAAGUGUGACUGACUGAUGUGAGCACAGGUCACCACAGUGAGUCAGUGUGAGUCGUCUGGAGGAGAGUGAGUGACCAUAUAUGGUCAUGGAUCAUCUUUUCAUUUACAUAAUGAGGGUGCAACAUUUAAUCUUGUUUAAAUAUGAUAAGAAUCCGGACUCGGGCUGUCAAGAAAUGAGUUCAUCUCUGUGUCUGGGCUAACUUAUUGUCUGCUGGGUUUCGAUGCUGCUGAUGGUGCUUUUUGGUGCUGCUGAUCCUUUUCUGUCCCUCUUUCCACUCGAGGGAACCUGGAAGAUGCAUGUUUGAAGUUUGUUAGACCUUCAUCUCUGUGUCUGUCUCACAGAGUCUGACAUCCUGUUGAAUGUACCGCAGCGAUGUCAGACAAAACCGAGAAAGCCGUCUAUUUUCAAGCUCUAUAAGCACCCGGAUUGCUAUUACAGGGAAACCUUGACGGAAAAUGUGUUUUUUCCGGCUCCUGGGUUUUUCCCUUUCAUUUCUGCUGUCAUUUCCUUCGGUAGUGAUUAUUCCAUUAAGAUCAGGGACAGUAACCAUGCUUUCUGUUUGAAGGGAGCAGAUUAGACGUCUGUAACCACAGAUCAAGUGAAUGCAGUUGAGAUGCGGGGCAGAGCUUUUGUUGCUGCCGUUGUUGUUGUUCUUCAUCUUUUAUCAUCUCAGCUGUUGCUCAUGAAGGGGGAUGAAUCAGUUUGGCUGCUUCUUAAUCUGCAGCAGAGUCAUCCACUUUCUCAUGUCCUCCAAGAUAGCAAUUAGCUUUUUAAGAUUGUCCUAGCUGGAGCUCUGUCAUCAUUAUCUGUCGUAACUUUUGGUGUAAUUUCAAAGUGAGAAGCUAAUCAGGGAGCGUAACUAACCAUAAAACAGACUUGUGAUGAAAAGAGAGAGUGUCUUUGAGCUUUUAUGUUUACGGGCAGGAACUUCUAUCACCACUUGAUAAACCCAUAGCUGCACUCAUCCCUUUACAAACAGACCACACGCACUGCUGCUUUCACAUACCAGCAAGCUUCAAAGGGGGUGAAAUAUUCAGGAAAUUGAAAUAAAAUGUUCAUCAUGGUUCAGUUUUUCUGUUUUUGUCAGGGCAGAGCUUGUAUUAUCUUCACAUUGAUGUUGAUUUGAGUCUUCUUUGAUAAAGUGUUUGUCUUAUUCUGGUAUCAUGAGGUCACUGCAGCAGAGCUAAUCAUAGAGGAGGAAACGAGGAGCAUGGACAGACAGAGAUGAGGAGAUGGACAGAUAGAUAGAACCCUCAGGAAUGUUUAGGGAAGGGGAGGGGCAGCAUACAGGAAGUGGCACGGGACUGGAUUUAGCCCACAGAGUCAGCGUGGGUGUCAGGGCACACAGACAGCAGGGUCAGGCCCUUUAGUGUCAGCUGUCAGGAUUCUUGAGGGCGUUUGUGGGAAUUUCCUUCAGGAGUCUGGUCGUUAGGUUUCGGAGAUGGGGCCACUUAAACAUUUUUCCCGCAGAUAAAGUGUCUGCAUGAAUAUAAACUCAUCUGAGAAAUACAAGAACAGGGAACUGGCAGAAGCACACAGAGUGCAUGUUAAACUCCUGCCUUUUCUGUUUCUUAAUUAUAUCAUCACAUUAUUAUAACACUAUAAGUUAGGGGUGGGAGAAAGAAUCGAUACAGCAUAGUAUCGUGAUGUUUUGUCUGGUGACGUAUCGUAUCACCUCAUUUACAAAGUAUAUAUUUUUUAAAUUAAUUGCUAAUAUGAAGUCAAAUCUAUGAUAAUGGAAAAAAAUGAACUGUUUGUGCAGUGAGGUGACGUCAUAGAGGAGAAAAAGUUAGUACAACAAAUAUAUCAAAAGGUUUGUAAUAUGUGCUACAUGAAAAUAAAAUACAGUGUAAACAAGACAAACAUAAAGGAAAGACAAAAAGUAAAUCAGCUAAACAGUUGAAAAAGUUAUUCACUAUACUCACUGUAUUGCAAAAUGUUAAAAAUCGCAAUAAUAUUGUAUCCCAGCCAAAGUAUCAUGAUAAUGUCAUAUCAUGGGGCCACUGGUGAUUCCCACCUCUAUUAUAAGUUAAGUCCCACUGUUGAAUGAUCGGACUAGCUCAGCAAAGAGGAAAUUUGUAAGAGAAUAAAUAAGAAAUGACCAACACAGCAGUUUUUUUUUGUUUUGUUUGCUUUUUGUGUGGUACAAUCUAGAAAUUGCUGGGACAGCUUUUAAACCCCUAUUACAAACGCAGGUUUAUGCGGCUAUUGGAAAUGAUUGAACAGAUUUACUGAAAUCAUUAAUAAAGUCAUGAAAAAACAUCGCUUUCUGGUUACUUCUUUCAGUCUAAGCUUGCUAAAAAACAUACAAUUAGAGAAUUCAGAAUGGCAAGUUAAAGCUGCUGGAGGAGAGUGCAAAGUUGUGUUUAGUCUCUUUUCUAAAGAAAUCAAGCAAAGUUAAAAAGAUGUUUGAUGGCUAGUGCUAUUGCUAGCACCCUAUAUGUACUGUUGAUGAAGUUAGGUGCUGGCUUUAGAGUGGCGUUUUGGUUGAGGUUUGUUUAUGGCUCCUUGGACUCCUGUGUAUUGCUAUCCUGCGGUUGUUACUAAAGUUGGUAUAACUAGAGAAGCAAGCAGUCGGCAACAUUCAUCUCUUGAGGGGAGUGACUAACUCGGUGUUAUGGUGUGUUUGACCCUAGAUUAAUUUUACCCCGGAAUAUCCCUUUAACUAAAUGUUAUUCACAAUAAAUUCAAACUAAUAUAUAAUCAAGUAGCCAGGGUAAAUUCAGGCCACCAAAAACAAACUUUGUUCAUAAAAAGUUUACCUCCUGUGCACUGUGUACCCAAACUGUCCACCUAACAGCUCCAGUUUUUUACAGCCUCUCUCAACAUGACAUAAAUCAAACAUUUUUUAGGAAGUGGUGGUUAACUGUCAAGUAAAAUUACCCUCAUUUGUGCAUUUUGUGCCGUAAAAUCCUCCUUUUGAGUUCACUCUGACAAAUGACCAGGAAGAAGGUGGGACAAAGGGGCCUCGUUGGACAGGUCUGCUUUGUAAGAUGAGAAUAUAACAUCAACAUGGAGAUUAACCUGCCGAUCAUACUGAGAUGCUAACAGCCUUUUUCAGUUACUGUCAGGAUUAUGAGAGGACAAAAAUGCUGGAGGACUGAUGAGGUUACUCCGGGUCAAACUCCACUGACAGAGGUGAACAAGGUGUGUUAAGGUAUAAACCUUUUCCUGACCUGUUUCUCUGCAUUCCAGCUGCGUCACUGACACUCCUGAAAGUGCAGUAUGGUUGAAAACUAGCUCUGCCUGUUAGAUUUUGAACCUGUUAGAUCUGUCUGUCCCCGGAGUAUCGGCUCUUUGGUCGUUCCAGCUCGUCGUUACUCAUUUAGCAGCUGUCAGACUUGUUUGGAUGGUUCGGCGUCCUCCAUGCCCAGAUUUUGUUAGUCUUGAAAUAAGAAAUCCGGCAGACUGCGACAUAAAGUCAGAUUGCUCUCCAAGAGGUUUGCCUCGCUGAGAUACUUUGUUGUUUAUGUGUGUGUGUGUGUGUGUUGACAAGGCGUCUCACCGCAUCAUGUCGUAUCUACAACAAAGAGGACUGUGUGUACCUACUUUAGAGAUGAUCCCACAGCUGCAGUGUUUGAAAUAUCUCUUCCUGUCACACUCCUCUCUGCUUUAAUUUGAUCUCUUUCCCAGCUGGGAUGUCAGAAAACAUAUCUUAAUGAGAGACAGGAAGACGAGAGAAGAUUUGUUUGUAGUUUGAUCCAAAUUUAACACUAGAUACAUUUUCUUUCAGGCAGCCGUGUUGAAAAAUUCUCAACAUCUCCUUCUCUUUCCAGCCAGCUCACUAUCUGAACCACUAGCCUAAUAAGAGCACUGUUCAAACAUCGUACCCCGAAUUCCAUUAAAUUUCUAUUUUUAUGUAGUUGUCUUUAGCUUUAAAUACUUAAUCCCCCCUCAGACGCUGUGGGACAGAAGGUCUGAACCAGCUUCCUCUACUUCCCCCUCCUUUAGCACCAUGCUGUGUCUCUGAGAGGACGUAAUCUUUGGUGUGUUUUUAAAAAAAGGGGGUUUGAGAUCUGUGUGAUGUUAGAUCUGCAGAACCCCGCUGUUUGAUCCCAGAGAUAUUUUGAAAGCUAAUUUGCAUCUCCAGAGCACUUAAAAAUUUAGCAAAGAGUCUGCUAUUUCUGCAAUCAUCCAUCUUUAAAUACAGGCAGUCAAGAAUGAGCUGUGUGACCUCUAAACUUUUGAAAACUUUUAUUUAGUAUAAUCCUGUCCAUUAUGUUGCUAUAUAGUAUGUUUUUUUCUGAAGGUAUUUAAUGAAUGUAUAAACGUCCAUUAGGAGGGGGCUUCUGGUGUCCUUAAACAUACUAUUUUGUAAUGCUGUAAAGUCCUAGUCGACUAAUCGACUUACCCCUAAUUUCCACCGCAUCCAGAACGGCUACGAAAAGGCUGUAUCCGCCAAUUGUAGCUGAUCAUAACCAUUCAAGUUAAUGUAUUCCACCGGCUACUUUCCGUGGAUUGCCGGACUCCACAGCUGAUCGCAAGAGUUCUAUUUUUUCUGGACGCGGGAGCAUGGUGGAUAAAUUCAGUACAGAUUAACCUGUGCUGGAAAGGAAGUCAGGUACAGACACAAAAUAAAACAUCCGGCUUCUUUUCAAAAUAAAUUUCAGGGCUUUAGUCAACCAAGAAUUUAUUUUGUUGAUUACAGCCCUACUUUACAGAUAAACAGAAAUGACUUUUGUUUACAUUGUUAAAGGGACUGAGCCACAGUGAACUAUAUGACUGACAUAACCACAAUCUUUGUUGAAAAGAGGACACUUAAAAUUCAGCAUUAUGAAAAAAACAUGGAGUGUUUUAAAAUCCUAUUUCUAUGCACAUCGAAGUGAAUACAAAAUAAUCUUUGGGUCAGAAAUAUACUGAAAUGAAAUAUCUGAGAUGAUAUAUCAACAACACAAUGGUGUGUAGACAGCAGGCAAACUUGAGGACAGUGUUUGAGUUCUUCUUGGGUAUACAGAGGUUUCAGUUUCAGGGAAGAUAAUCUUCGCGGUCUACCUGUCCAUCCUCCUCCUGUUUACUGCAGUGCUCUUUGUUGUGUGACUCAACUAAUGACUCAGUCUUUUUUAGUGGGCUCAGACCUGUCUUCUCAUACACAAUGUACAUGCAGAAGUUUUCUCUAUCUGAGCUCAGAGAGUAAAAAUAAUAUAGUUAACAGCAGAUGUUUUAUUUUAGAAACUAGAUUUUUGACCUUGUAGGAACUUCAACACGAAACUUGACAGGAGUUUUUGCAAGAUGGUGCGGAUGAAUGACACAGACUGAAGAUAAACACAGAGUAGAUGUCAUGGGACAGCAGAAAGAUAAACACAAAACAUUUACCGUGGCAUCUUCAGCACAUUUACUGACAUAGAAGUAAAACUGAAACUAGGACUACGUGUCAAUAAUAGUGAGAUUAAUCGUUUUGAAGCUGAGCAGUGGGAGUUAUUUUUAGUCUCCCUUUAUUUUCACUUUACACCAUCUCUGAUAUAAAAUAGAUAAGGUUUAAGGACACAUUACUAUCUGGGUGUGUUCUGAUAAUCUCCCAGUCAAGCUGGUUUCUUUGGACUAACAGAAACAGAUUGUCCUGUGUCCUCUUGUAAUGAAGUAUUUUAAAUCCUGCCUCUGGAUCUCUGUCUUCUUCCCUUAUUAUUAGCAGAUAAUAUAAUCAGGAGACUAGAUUAGUACAGUAGUAUGAAGCAGCUUUACAGCAGUUUCAAGAUGAGCAUUAACUUAUGCCUUUAUUUACUGUAUGAUAAGUAUUUUUUCUCCAUUAGUCAUCAUUGACCUCUCUUCUUCUCUGUAGGGGUGCUGGUGAGCCAGCUGUCUCGGCCAUGCCGGAUGAUGUUGCUCGUGAACCCACAGAGUGGGAAGGGACAGGCGCUGACUCUCUACAACAACCACAUCCAGCGCAUGCUGAACGAGGCGGGAGUCCCACACACGCUGGUCAUCACCGGUGAGUGAGCGAGCGAGCGCACCUACCACACAGAGAUCAGAGUUAAAGCUAGAGAGCAUGACGCUGUAAACGACACUGCACAAACAUAUUCUUGUUUAUAGGUCCGCUCAAGGUUUUGUUCUUGCUCUCUACUCGUGUUUUUCAUGCCUUCGGGUGAAUGAGAUAAACUUUACUUUUAAUUACAUGCACAUUUUUUGUGUGUGGGCUACAGGAUUAACAGAUGCUAAAUUAAUCCAUCAGAGGAGGGCGGGUUAAUUUCGUAUUAAAUGUCUCCUGAAGUUAAGACAUUUAAUCUCCACCUUCUCUACGGGUCAGAGGGACGAGGCCAUUAUAAGUUAAUGAGGUCUUUCAAGAUAGUGUAUCCCUCUGGUUUAUUAAACAGAGGUUUUAUUUAACCCUCCUCCUGUGUUAGUGUCUGCACCGACCCUUGAUUUCAACAGCUUAAAAGAAACACUCAAAUUAGCUUUUGUGCAUCAAAACUUUUUGACUUUGUCAGGAACCUCUAUUUCAACAAAAUAAAAACAAAAAAUUAAAUUGACUAAAUUAUAAAAUGCUCUUAUUAAAAUUAUGGCACUUGAAGUGUUGGGGUCACCGUUGACCUGGUUAGAUCAAUAUCUAAUAAUUGGAGCAAAAACUGAAAUCAUAAGUGCACUGACAGGCAUAAAACAGUCAGAUCCUCUUCCAGUCAUGUGAGAUUUAGGAAAUUCUCAUUUUGCCAUGUUUUUCCCUGCACAAAAACAGCUUCAGGGAUGUCCAGACAUGUGAGAUCAAGUCAGUAUGGAUGUCUGUGUGAGGGGUAUACUGACAAAGAAAGGCCCAGAGGCCCACUACAAAAAAUAUUAUGACCAAUAUUUUCAUGGAUAAUAAAGCCGAAUAAGGUAACCUAGAGAUGAGAACCAGACUGGAUGAUAGAGAAUUGUUUUUAGUGUAAUUUACAGCUGAUUUAAGACACAGGUCCAAACCGACCCUUAACAUAGUGGGUGUGUAGUAAAAGCUAACACAGGAGGAAGGUUAAGAAUAUAUAAAUUAAUCCUAAAUGACAAAAGGAAAGUUUUUUAAAAAGAUCCAUUCGUAGCAACAUACAAAAAUCUCCUGUUUUCUCAUUGUAAUUUUAUCAUCUCAUCUGGAUCUCAAAUCUUAUCUAAAAAAACACAGUCGGGACCAACAAAUCUGUCUCUGAUGACAGCUGCUGGGAUGGGCAGCAAACACAAACACACACACACACACACACACACACACACACACACACACACACACACACACAAACACACACACGCUCUUCAUGCUCUAUUAAUACACAACACAACAAAACCCAUAAUAAUAAAAACAACAACGCCUCGCUUCAUGUCCCAGUGCCCCCCUCUUGAUAAAAUCCUCCUCAUGUUGUCAUCAUUAUUACACUGAACUACCUCUGACCCACACUAGUGCAGAACUGUUACGCAAUCAUAAACAUGCAUACGCUCAGUCAGACACACAUAUGGAUUAAGACACUUCCAUGAUAAAAACACACAUUUGCAUGAAAUCCCCCUUUGCCGUGAUUUGAUGCGUGUUAUAAUCUUGUGGGGCUUUGCGUUGAUUUAUUUAUAAACCACACUGGUUGGAAAUGAUCAUUCAGAAACACACUCUCAAUACAAACUAUAAAAACACAGAGUUUUCACUCGUCCUUUAUUUGGAGUUUAACCCUCCCCCUGGGCUUGUACAUAAAUCAUCUCAGCAUCAGAUAACAGAAAAAUAACUUGUCCUUCAUCAUUGUAGUGCACACAGACAAAACAAAGAGAAGAGAGAAACAGAGAGAGAGAGAGAGGACCACACAGGUGUACACAUGAGAAAUCAUUUUACUGCUGCUGGGCUGAAAUACACACAAAACUAAGCUUUGCGACAAGAGAUGUACUUUUGACAAGUUAAUCCUGGAGAAUACAUAAGAGCAGCUUUAAUCCCCCAAAGCUGCAUCUAUAUAAAAGAGCAUGACUAGUGAAAGAGGAAGAUUUGGACACCACAGUGACAGACAGUCUCUUUGACGGCAGCACUUCUGAAUUAAAACCAUUGUUGUAAUCUCUUUCUCACAGCCUUAACCCUGACUGACGACUUGUAGAAGAGAUUUUUUUAGGUUGUUACACGCUGUAACAAUCCUCACUGAGCUCCACUGUAUGAGAAACAAACUACUGUCCAUAUUUCACUGGAGACAUUAAGGAUGAAAACAGUAAAUAAACUCCAGCCAACCUAAACCUCCGCUAUUUGAAAUUUAGCUCAACUUAAUAAACACAAAAGUCUGUGGGCUCUAUUUUCGUGCGCGCCGGUGAGGCGGCCGAGGGCGGCGAGCCCCGCGCAAUUGUAUUUUCGUCUGGCGGAGCCCAGCGUAAGGCCAAUUUGGUAUUUUCGUGGCAUGAGCCGCACGGAGGCGAGCCGAGAUCCGCCAAGCUGGGCGUGGUGGUGUGGCAGGGGGAGGUGUCGACAGAAUCAGCUGGCGCAGUGACAUUUUCGUGCUCGCCAACGGCGUGUAAAGUGCGCUGAAAGCUCGCCGAUUCAAACCUGGUCAGCUUUCAGCGCAAGGCGGAACGCAGCUGGUCUGGUAGUAUUUUGGUAGACCGGCGGCGUAUCGACAUACGUCACUGAUGCCUCACCGGCAGGUUUCCACAGUGUCAGGCAGAUUUCAGUGCAAUAAAUAAUCAUCAUCAACUAUUAAUCUGAGUCAGCACAUAUAUUUAGAUCUAUAUCGAUAUAUUCUGAUCUAUAUCUGAUCUGAUGAGCGCGUUUGGCACGCGUUUGGACACACAACCUGACCGAAUCAACACAGCUGAAACCGCAUCAAAUUAAAUUAAAUAUCUAGUAAAUAAACACACAUGAUGAAGUUAACAAGAUAUGUAAUUCGUCUCCCUCCUUUUCUUUCUUCCUCUUCCUCUUAUUUCUCGCACAGCUCGACCUGGACACGUCUCCGUGUCCUCUGUCCGUCUUGCUGCUGCUGCGGCUGAACAGAUGAUUUGUUUCAGUGCUCAGAUGUGUUAUCUACUUUAAGCCGACAUACGGAUAUUAUAAUAUUCAGUUUUGUGGGCCAAAUUUAUUUUAUAUGCCAACAUCUAUGAAAGAAAGAGCCAGGCCACGGAGCGCGAUGCGUCAUUUACGCACAGAUGGUUCCGAUUUUAAUGCCAUUUUUGGAAUUUAUGUUGUGAUCUGUGCGCUCAACCCACCUUUGUCACGUGAGGUUUGAAUAUGAGCAACUUUAUGUGAGUGUCUUUAUUUGUGGAAAAGGGCGUUUGUCUUACCAGUGGGUCCAACAUUACGCACACUAAAUCCAUCUGUGCUCAUAUGAGAGAGUGUGGAGGACACUUGUUGAGGAGCUGCCCUCUGUCGCCAUCUUGUGGCAUUACUGUCUUAAGACAUCUCUUGAUCUCUUUGACUACUUCAUGAAAAUAGUAAUACGCCUCGCCGGUGGCGGAUUUAAAGGCAAGGAGAGGAGCCUAUGUGAUUGGUGAAAACAGGUCUCGGCUGUGUUAAACCCACUAUACGGCCUUUCUCCUCCCAGUCUAUGACUUAUGGUGCUGGGAGGAGCUGAGUUAGGGAGGGGGGAUACUUACGCCGGGCUGCGCGGCUCACCAAAAUACCAAAAUGUGCUUGGGAACGCCUUGUCAGCGCGGCGGAUCUGACUGACGCUGCGCUUGCGGCACGUCUCCGGCGAGGCACCAAAAUAGAGCCCUGUGUAAGUUUGAGCUAAAGCGGAAAUUUUUAGAGGUUUAUUCUUCUGUUAACACACCAAUUUAGCCAUGUUCCCUUAUGUACAGUACACUAAUGUACAGGUCAGCUGUCGAAGGUAGUGUUUAAGACACACUUUAAAUUUGAGAUAAAGUAAUUAAUUAGCCAGUUAAUGCUGAUAAAUGGCAUUUUGAAAUGAUCCACAUUUGCUGAAAUGUUGAAAAAGCUGAUUUAAAAUUAAAAAAAAUGUCUGUAGACACUUAAAGGCAGCCUUGUCAGCAAAAAUAAUGUCCUUCUAAAUGGUAUUACAUAGGGAUGGCCGAUAAAUUAUCAUUCACAAUAUAUCUUUAGAAAAAUCCUCUAUGAUAAGUUUUUGCCAUCUCAUGAUAAAUACGACAAAUGCAAGUUGAUGACGUUAGAGUGAAAGUCCCAUUCGUGACAAGAGCAGCUCUCUGGGAUCACGGGUAUAAAGCUCAUAAUUUACACAUCAGCAGGUAACUUGGGAUCUCUCUUGCUCUCUAGCCUUCAUAGAAGUUUCUCCUUUGUUCCCUUUGUAGUUCACAAAGGUGUCCUCUCGAGUCCACAGUAAACGCUUAAACUUAGUUUCUGUCUUUUUUGAAACCCCUAGACUCAGGCAGCUGAUGAGAGCACUUCAGGAGGACGAACAAGACAAUCAAUCUAUAUUUAUGUUGUACCAGUUCACAACAAAUGCUGCCUCUAGUCUUGACCAAACUCUUCUUGAAGACCUUACAUAAAGAAGGGAUAAUAUUAAGGCCCCAUCUUUAUGAUCAGAUCCUCCCUGAUCCCAUCUUCAACAGCUUGUGUUCGUCUCAUUUGUGACAAAAACUUCCCUCACAGCAUGUCUAUCUGUUGCUGUGUAUCUUGUGCAUCCUUGUUGUCAUUUGUGAGAUCUGUACGGCUCAAAGUCUUUUGUAUGCAGAUGCUGGUGAAACAAGGCAGACCUAUUAUUGGAUCUUUGUCUGUGUGGCAGCUGUGAGCUCUGCCAGGGGUGCAGGGCAGAUGAAGGAUGACUGCACUGCUGUGGGAGGCAGUGUGUGUGUCUUUUUGUGUGAGUUUCUGCACGUAUAUACAUGAUAGUAAAGACCGCAUGAUGCUCCCUUGCAGGCAGUGUCCCCCUCUGCUGCCGGAGCAUCCUCAGACGUCUGUCAGAGAGUAUUAAUUAAACAACAGCGACAUGCUCGUCUUUCUCUCUGAGCUCGGACUGAUCUGCUGAGUAUACAUAACAUAUAUCGACCAGAGGUGACAGAUAUUCUCUCAAACAACCACUCUGUUCCGCUCUUUUUUUGUCUCUGUCUUUGCCUUAUUGUCUUUUAAAGCACAGUGCAGUUUAUACAUAAAAAAAUUAAAGUUAUGCCUCAUUUAACAGUGUGCAUACUGUGUCUGUGCCAUGCCCACUGUGAAUUUAUGAAAAACGUUUUCUAUAAAAAUGCACAGAGUGGACGCAGAUCCGAUAAAAAUCCUCAGAAAACCUAAAAGUCAGUUUUGUUUUAUUCUCAGGACCAUUUAGUGAACAACAAGAAGGAACAUUGUAACCUUGUUUGCUGGAAAUAGUACAUUAGUAACCUUUACAGCGACAGCAGUUGACCUUAAAAUGCUGGACUCAUACUCAGCAUACUCAGAUGCAAAACUGGUAACAUGCCGGUUUUAUAAAAUCACUUUAUUUGUAACAGCAGUAUCGUGAGGAUAAAAGCCAGAAAUACAAAUGGAGAGCUGGUGUCAUUUUCCAGGCGAUGAUGGCGUCUUUAUGGUCUGAAAUAAAGCAGCUCAUUAAAUGAGGCCAGUUUGAAUAUUCACUCAAGAAGACCAUAGGUUGACUCGCACUUUGCUGUUUUACUGAACUGCUUCAUGGCAAUGCAACAACUGAAUACAAAUAACCCAAGCCUCAAGUGGCCUUGGUUUCUCUGAUCAUUGCAUAUAUCUGAUUGUAUACAUUAGGUUUUUCAGGAAAAAAAAUUACAGUAAAGAUGUAGAGGUCUAAAAAAACUUGUGUAUUCUCAUGUAUCAAAUUUGAUACAAAUGGCGACAUAGGGUUAAGUAGUCAUUUCCUCACCAAAACAGAUGGGUUAACUAGUAAAACAGUAAAUUAAAGUCAUCCCUAAAGUCAAAUGUUGUCUAAAAUCAUUGUCAGCACUGAUAAGAAUGUGCUCUCUGACUGCGAUUUAAGCGACCACAAGUCAUACUGCUGCUGUCUUUAGCUCCAAAGCUGACUGGAUGUUUUGGAGUCUGAUUGAAAACAGAUGCUUAUUAACAGAGACUAUUAAAAAUUAAACAUUAAUUUUGUUUUGGCUGUUUACAGUAUUUUGACCUUCAAAGUUUCACUCACAUGACACUUUGGACAAAGUAAAUGUUGUAUAUUUCCAGAGCCACCCUGUUACAGGAGUGUGUCCUCCCUUCAUCACUAUGUGGCUCCUGAAGCAACAAUUUAACAAAAAUUAACCUGUCAUCAUUUCAUAAAACUGUAACUCGGUCACUAUUAAAACUUAGCUGAGGGCAUUUGGAGAACAGGAAGUAUGCAUCAGUGUGUGCAGCUAUCGGUAAGAGCCAUCUGGAUUUGUGAUGAUGUUUCUAUUGCUGACUGUCGUAUUCUGAGGAAAAAAGUACCUCCCAGGUCAUGUAUGUAGUAAGAAGGUCUGAGAUCAUCCAGUUUUGAUUUUUGAAUGUUCUCAGGAUUCACAAGAACUGACAGAUUGACAGAGAAACUGUGAGUUACAGCUAAAAUCUACUCUAAUAUUUCUUACUUCUUUCUUUAUGGCACAAUGCCCAACAAUUCAAUUACACACCCCAAAUUAUCCUCACAUUGUGCAGGCUUCACACGCUGGGAUUAGCAGUGUUACGGCUUGUUUUGUUACAGCUUGAGCAUAUUUAGAAGUUUAAUGGGCCGCCAUGCUCACACUGCAGUGUCUGUUCUGCAUAAACCAACGAUACAGGCUCUGCAGUCUACGGCUCUUUAACAGAAAACAACCAUCAAGUCGUUCUCAAAGGUUCAGCUUUGUGAAGCUUUUUGGGAUCACCACCUAAGGCACUCCCGUCUGUCUGUGUGUGUGUGUGUGUGUGUGUGCGUGCCCAUAUGUGUGUUAGAGUCAUUAGGGUGGUUACACCCUCAGGCAGCUGAAUAAGCUGUCACAGUGUUUAUAGUGUCUCUGGCUUCAACGGCACAAACACACGAUUGGGGGCGGUGCAGCUAACUGUCAUCACCUGCUGUCAUUUCGGUGGAGGAGGACUGCAGCUAUCAGAGAGCUGCAGUCAGGAUGUGUGUGACAGAAGGAUGUAGACUCAUCUUUACUGGGAUGAAACAGGGUCAGAGUGGGGACAGAGCCUCUUGUUGCCUCACAUGAACUUCAACCAUCCCAGUGGAAGUGUUUGAAACUCGACAACGUGUGAAAAUGAUGUUAUUCUGAUGCUUCCCUGAGCUCUUCAGCGCUUUAGAGGUUUUUUUUCAGCUUGAGGUUUUGCUGUGCAGUUUAUAAAGUUGCUGUUUUGGUCCACAUCGCUCUCAGAGAGUUGUUGUUUGCCACAGAAGGCAGCAGAUUUUCAGCUCAGAAGCUCUGAUAAACCCAUUGCGCGCAUGUUGCUCAGCGCAGACAACAACAGGCCGACAUAGUUACAGAUGAGAUUGUGAAGACAGUAGAGCAUUGCACAUAAAAGGAUGAAAAUAAAUCAGAUCAACAGCUGUGUACCAACAACUGUAAAACAAAGACUAUCUACUUUAGGAUUUUACUUUUAGCCACUUGUGAUGCACACGGUACAGUCCCACUGUCAGGCACAACCUGAGCGCUCACAUCGUAUGGAUUAAAUCAGGACGCAGCUUUAACAGCUGUAAUGAGGUUUACUUUGAAACUCCCUGGAGGACGCCAUCGAGCUGAUGUUCUUAAAUCAGGUCAGAAUCAAACCUCAAUUCGUGCAGUGCACACUUGGCCUCAUGUGUCCAUUUUUGCUCACAGCUGGUUUCUGCUUUGUCCCAGUUGCCAAGAACACAAACGUGUAGAGGUUUAAUAAUAUGAAAAUGCUCCUUUAUACAUGAUAGUGGUCUUUGUAUUUGGGUUGGUGGCGUCAAAGGAUUUACUUUUUGUAAACCGUUGGUGUGGGACAGAAUAGGGUCGGGUGAUAUGGCUUCAAAUCAAUAUCACAAUAUAUUGAGCAGUUCACCUCGAUAAUGAUAAAUGGACCAUAACUACUCCACAAGCUGUUCACCCCCUCCCACAUUAACUUUGUCUACUUCAGCUGCUGCUCCAGCCGCUACAACUUUUGAACCGUCCUAGGAGAGCAUCUUAAAGGGACAUGAGACCAUAGUCUACCUACACACAUCCAAAACCAACUUUUAUUUAUUCAUUUUUUGACACAGAAUAUAUUGACAUGGACAAAAUGACAUCGGUUAUUGUUGUAAAUUUCAGUAUCAUUAAAUUUUCAGUUUAUCGCCCAGCCCUAGGACAGAAUCUGGACCCUUAAGUGUAAAUGAAGCUAAUACAGAGCCUUGGCAGAUAAAAUAAAAAAAACAUGAAACAAUUUACACCUUGUGUGUAGCUGGACACUGCUUUUCUGCUGCUCUGCUUAUAAAAUCAGAGGGGAAAAGCCAUAAAGAAAGACAAAACAGCCUCUGUAUGGUUGUUAUAUAUAGAGAAAGGUGCACAUAACUAUCAAAGUCAUUUUUUGUUGUAGUCUGUUGUAAAAAUAGUCUUUUUCUGAAUGGCUCUAUCAGGGUUUCUUUGACUUUUAGAGCUGGGCCUGAGUGGACACUUGAGGAUCUGCAGUUUUUCGCCUUGCCUUUUAUUUAUACAGCUUUUAUUUUUCUCUGAGGUCUGUAGAAAACGCACAGAGAGGCUGCAGCUCUUCUUUACUCACAGAAGCCUGUUGGGUCAUCUUGUUAAACAUGAACCGCAGUGUCUGUUCAGGCUGUGACCAAAGGCCAGUAAUGAAGCAGGGAUCUGCAUAACUGUAAUGACUUAGUCACAAUCCACUGACUCAGCCCCAAAGGGAGAAACUCAGCUGGACAAACUGCUGCACUCCCCUCCCUCCUCUUCUCUCCUCUCUUUCCCUGUCCGGUCCUCUGCACCCACAAACAUUAAAACCAUCACAACUGCUGCCUGACUCGUUGUCUCUGUCCCUCCAUGCCUCUCAUUUGUUUUCUCUCAUCGCCUCGUUUUGAGCAACAAACUAAAACUGCUCUCUCCUCUCCUCCCUCCUCACUGCAGUGUCCCUGCUCCGCAGCUUUGAGUCUGAUCGGGGAUGUCAAUCCUGUUUAGUUUACGGCCUCUGCAUAGAUAAGGAAAUGUGAUGUGACUGGACUGAUAAAGAGGAAUUGAUUCCUUUGUCCUGCAGAGUUUGAGGAAGGGAGGCAGAGAAAUCAGAUCCUUCUCUAGAGGACUCUGUGUGUGUUUGUGUGUGUUAGUGUGUGUGUGUUUUCUUCCUCUUAUUGCGAAUUCACACAAUUGUGACUUGAAAGAAAAGAAGAAAGAUGGUAUUUAUUUGCACAGAAACAGAACAGGAACAAUUACAUUCAUGUCAGUGAUGUAAAGUCAGAUGUAGAAUAUGAUUGUUGGUGUUGGUGCAUAGAGAGAGCAGUAUUUAAGAGUUAUAGAGAAUUUACCUCGUCUUUCUGUUCUAGCUGUUGAUAUGUUAUGACUGCAGAAUGUAUUCAAUUUAAACAUUAUAUUAAAUAUGAUCAAAGCCCCAAUGAGAGGCUUUUUAACCAGCUGUGAAAAAGUAAUCGAUAGAUUUACCAAACCAGCAAUAAAAAGACUUUCUUUUAGACUUAAAGCUCCUGUGAGGAACUUUUUUUGGGGGGUCUGUUUAUGUGCGGUGCAAAGUUGUAGAAAAACAUCUUAAGAGCUGCAGGACCGUCUGUCCCCUGAACCUCCUCUCUUUCUCUCUGAAUCUGAGGGGGGAGGAAAAAAAAGGUGAAGAUGAUGAACCCUCAUUGUCAGAUAUUCCUUUGAAGGCUACACACAAGCUGAUAAUGAAAACAAGUUGUAUAAGGUGAGAGAAGUCCCCCUUGCCUUAUGUGUAAGGGGGACUUCCAGUAUACAAUCAGUUCAUGAGACCUGCUCCUCAGGGUUCAAUGUGAGUCGAAGACACAGGAUUGUAUUAAAACAGGAACAAAAAGCCCCUCAAUGAUCGCUGGAAAAGGAAAUAUCAGUAUGGAGCCAUGAGAUUUAGAAAUGUAUUUUCUGCACUUGAUUUUAGAAAGUUAUAGCUGCAGGUUGAUUCACAGAAAACAAAUAUUAAGUAAUAACACCAUGAUAAUACUCUCCUGUUAGAGCCUGGGCAUGUGUGGAUAAUCAUACGCUCUGUAUGCAUAAUUAACCUGCUGUUGUUAACAGCUUCCUCGGGGUAAACCUGCUGCUUUCGUCUGUCGAGGUUUUUCAUCAUUCUAAGUAGAAAGAGCUGAAAUUUCUGCCUUAAUUAGGAUGAGCACCUGCAGGAUGUAAACAAUAGGUCAGCUGUUUGAUCUCAGUGCGGUGUGAUGAUGCUCUGCUGUGCAUCGGUUACCUGAUGUUGUGGUUCAGUUUGGUCAAAAAUAUCAGCCGCAGAAAUAGACUGUUGGAUACAAAUGGAUUAUGACUUUAGAAGUGGGUGCUUGCUGACCAUCGGGCAAAAAUAAGAUUCAUACAUACUGCAUGAAAAACACCACUGUCCUUACUGCAAAGGGCAGAAAGACUAUUCACUGAGCUGUAGUUUCUCUGCUGUCAGACCAAAGGAAAUAUUACAUCAUUGAAAAAGGAAGUGGUCAGUCACCUCUUUGCUCUUUUUCCAUGUCUAAUACAGGCUGUAGUGUCAGCUCUGUAGAUGUUUAAAUGAUGAAGUUGAAAUAUAAAAGAUAAGAUGCUCCGUGACCUCAUUGUGUCACGAUUUGAGUGUCAGAGAAAGAGAGAGGACCCAAGUGAACACUGCUGAAAGUUUAUUUGAACUGGUGAAAAAAACAACCAGAUCCUCUAAACUCCAUUGUUGUCUUUCCUAACACCUUUUGUUUUUGACCUCAUGAUGUUUUCCAUCAGGGUUGAGGAAAAGUGGAAUAAAAAGGACUUAAGAGGGUAACUUUUUUGACCUCUCAAAUGUACACAGGGAUCAGACACAAGCUAGGUAAUCAAACCGAGGCGGCGCUGAACAGGACAGAGCGCAGUCACAGAGGAGUUUAGUAGGUAAUAGAUAAUGGCUUUGGUUUUAGUCGAAUCUUAUCAUUUCCCAUCCCUGUUAGUGUCAUUAUUUACUAUCAUGGCGGCAGCGGGAAGAAGGUGCUGCUUUACUUUGAUGUGCAGAAACGGAGCUCUUCUUCUACGUCUUGAUUUGUGAGAAGCAAAAGGGAAAUAAAAAGUAAGGAAAUACAUACAAGUUUUGAAAAACCACUCAUACAACAUUUUUCAGUUUUGACAUUUGAUAAGUUUGCUUUUGCCUAUUUUCAGUCAAAUAUGAUUUUUGCAAACCAUUCUGUUCAGUUUUUAUUAACAUUUUACACAAACUGUUUAUGUCUGUUGUUGCUCAAGUCGAGUCUUUCAGGCAAAAAAGGAGCCUGUAUUAUUGAUAAUAGUAAUAAAGGCAGAUAUGAAGGUACUUGACUGUUUUGGGGUUUGAAGGUGAAGAGUCAGUAUACGCAGCAGAAGUAUUAUAUCUUCUUCACUUGCUUGUCAGUGAAAUAACUGUACAGUUGUUGUCAGUACAUUUACUGAAGCAUUUUAGGAAAGGGGGGAUGUUAAAUGAGGCCAAUUAGAGCAGCCUGAUAAUUGCUGAGAUGAUUUUUUUGAGACAGGUUAUUGAAGUGGUGGACAGGAUGAACAAGGCUUGCUCUUGAAAACAGUGUCUUGAGGGAGUAGAGGUCAAAAUCCGGAGCUCAGAUAACUCAUGUUCUGCCAAAGGUGGUGUUGGAUUUCAGGAUGAUGCCAUCUCAGGUGGUUUCUUAUAGAUGAGCACAUCAACAUCGGUUUUGUCUGAGAUAAGUAACAGAGAACCGUCUUUAGGUCUUGAUUUCUUUGAGGUAUGCUUUGAAUUAGGUUAACUAAUGAGUGUCAUGUAUAUAACCACCAACAUUUAUGGAGUUUUUACCUGUAAGCUUGAAUUAGUUUAGCUUGGAUUAGUCUGAUAUCGUUGUCAAGCCCCAACUUCAUCAAACUCUGUGAAUAACAUCAUCAAACAUGGAGGGUUCAUCAAUCUAAUAAAAAAAGGACUUUGUGCUUCUUUGAUUCAGGUUGUUUAAUGGCAGAUGUCAAAAAUAAGACUGAUGGUUGUUUGAAAAGAUAUAAAAAUACAAUUAUAUGACAGGGUUUCCUCUUCUUAAUUGGAAGAAGGAAAAGAAGCAGAGUUUCAGGGCCUGGGUCGGCGGAAGAGUGAAGAGAGUGGUGACUGUGGCAGUCUGAUCCACUCCACUGCCUUUACUUCACACUUCAGAGCUUUUCUCCUGCCCUCUCACCUUCAGACUGUGAACAACAGUGAGACUGUCUCAGAGUUUAGAUCACAGCUGACAUCCAAACACCUGAUUCCAGAGAAAACAGAUAAUAGUCACAGUGACUAUCAAAUAUUGUAUUCUUAGUGGUCAUCUUCCUCCCAUUGUGACUGCUGUUGUUUCUUAGCUCAUUUAAAGUGUACUAAUUACACAGUAGGUCUAUUUUCCUUAUGAUUCCCCAUUUAAAAAGUUCUCUCCAGGAACCUCAGAUCUCCCACAUCUGACUUCACAGAAAUUAUAACGAUGCUCAGAUAUUCUUAUUGUUCUGAUGAUGAUAUUUUUCUUUUGCCCUGUGUCCUCUUAGUGAUUUUGUUCUCUCCAUAUUUAAGUAUAUCAUCUCCACUGAUGAUAAAAACAGACUCUCUCUCUCUAACCGAAGCAGUCCCUGUCACCAGCACUCCUCUCUAUUAGUUUGUUCAACCCUGGAUUAAUUUAACUGAGUGCCCCUGGGUAAUUGAGCUGUUCUGAUAUAAUUAGCAGAAUGCCACAUACUUCAUUAAAGUCUAUGUAUCGGCUUUCUCUCCCACGGUGAUUCUGUCGUCUGUCACUGAAGGAAAAAAGGAAGACAAGGAGGGCUGAGGUUCUGCUCUUACCUGACACCUUAAAUCCUGUUUUGCACAUGAUUUAAAUAAGACAUACGUCUUCCUGCAGUGUGUAACUUGAGCAAACAUCUUCUGAAAUGUCCUUGAGCGAGUCAACAAAAGCAUCACAACUCAAUUAGAGCAGACUCUGACCUCUGACCUCCGAUAUUUCAGUACAAGAGUUCACUCUGCCUGUUUCCUGCCUCCACACAGAGAGCGCCACUUUCUACUACAGUCUUUAUAAAGGAAAUAAUGAGCUGCAAACAAUUUCUGUACAGUUUUCAAUCUCUCUCUGUCUCUUUUUUUUCUGUGUGUGUGUUUGUGUUUGUGUGGCCUUCAGAGCGGCAGAACCAUGCUCGGGAGCUGGUGAAGGAGGCUGACCUGUCACAGUGGGACGCUCUAGUCAUCAUGUCUGGAGACGGACUUCUGUUUGAGGUAAAAAAAAAAAAACAAUCCAAGUGUUUGACUUUAUUUUUUUCUUCAAACAAACUCACUCCUGUCUACAACAGAGUAUUAUUUAAUUUUAAGAUGUAAUAAAGUAAUCACUUAUGAGAUUAUAGUCAGAAUAAAGUCCUUAUAUUCUAACCUGUUGUUUAAGAUGACAGUGUUUGAAAUGAGAGCCAUGAAGAAAAUUGUGAAAAUGAACUUCAAUAUGUUUCUCAAACAACAAGAUACUUAAUCUUUUGGCACAUCAGCACCUCAUUAUCAUAAGUAUCAUAAUCAUAAUUUUAUUAUGACUUCAUUCUAAUAAGUAAUCACUUUAUUACAACUUUAUUCUUGUUUGUAAUGACUUUAUUCUCAUAAAUUAACAACUUUACUCUCGAAGUCUUCAUUUUUUUUCUUAAUGUGGCCCUAAUACUCCGCUGUAUCUGCCAACAUGAUCAUUAUUCAGUAGCUCUGAUAUUGAUUAAUUACAGACAUGUUAAAUUGAUUCAGAUACGUCUCAUUAGUCACAGAGUUUUUUACCUGAGAUUCUCAAAUUGGCCAAAAUUAUGUAUUUUUCUGUCGUCUUCAUUGAGCUUGAUCUCAACCUUCAGUAUCAGCCAGUUUGUAACGAACUAAAAACAAGUAAAUAAGUUUGAAAAUCAUCUAUUAGACUUCAUUACUGUGCCGCAGCUAAAGCUGACCAACCUGUAAAUAAGUACUUCUUUCAGACUUUAUGACGACUACACCUGUAUUUCUCUGUGUCUGACAGGUGAUAAAUGGGCUGCUGGAGAGACCAGACUGGGAGCAGGCCAUCCAGACCCCGCUGGGUAUCCUUCCUGGUGGAUCAGGCAACGCCUUGGCAGCAUCGAUACAUCACUACUCUGGGUGAGACGCUCACAGAAUCCUAAAUGGAAACAAACUCAGUUCAUUCAGGUGGUUUAUAGGAGGUUUCAUGGCUGCUUUUCAGACUGAAAUGAGUUCCUGCUUUUUGCUCUUUUGUUGUCCUCUCUGAGCUUUGUAUCUUAUGCUUUUUUAAAGUGGUGGUGGUCGAUCUGCUGGGGUCUGCAGAUAUGUCUCGGUCUCAUGGGUGUCACCUCUGUAGCCGGUCAAACUCACAGUAAUCAAAACUAAUCGUCAAUCACUUUUAACGAUGUCAUAUUGUUGCAUUAAUUCUGUCUCAUGACAAACCCAGAACUCUCCAGAGAAACCAGUCGAACCAGUAAGGGAUCGUACAGCUUUGAGUCAUUUGAUUGCAGACACAGUGCUUCUAAGUUUCACUGUGUUCUCUUCAGCGCUUCUGUAAAUGCAAAUAUACGUCAGUGUCCUUUUGUGAAACUAAGCUGCAGACUCACUGCCUGCCUUUUGGUGCUUCUCAGGGUAGCGCACGCUCUUCCCGUACCUAAAUAAUUAAUGAUAAUGUCAUUUGAGUGAUUGAAGUUUGUUUAACCAGAGACAGAGAAGAUGCAGAAGUGGAGAAAGGGCUUCAAAUGUCUUUUUUUUUAUCAUUACCUUAUAAAGGAAACAAGAGCAUCAACUAGAUUAGAAGAUUGAAUGUUUCUGUUUUAUAUGUUUGCCACUUCUGCUGCAGAUGAGGUAACACACACGCAACUGUUACAUCAUGUAACAUCAUACCGUCACUUAAAGUUGGCCGUGCUCAUCCUGGGGUCCACUGUUAUGUGAGGACGCACCGAGGAUACUGCUCGCUGUGUUUAAGUCGCUGUAUUGUUGUUGUUUGUGUUUCAGACACUGUGCCCUUUCAUGCUGGAGUCACUGGGAGUCAUGGGGGAAAUUAAAAAAUAGCUCAAGUGCGUUGAGGCGCUUCUAUUUUCACUCGCUCUUACUGUCUGUGGGUCACCUUUAGCGUUUUCCUGCCCUUUUAGCGCUUGAUUUAUUUUGAAAUGUCACAGUGUUCGUUUCCUCUUUCUUUCUUUUUUUUGCUUUUAUUUAUUUAAUCCAUAUAUUUAAACUUGCGUCUCACUUAAAUGAAACACCGUUAUCAAAAAUGAGUCGCAUUCACUCUUCAUUUUGGCUGCAUCUGCCAAUCAGCUUCUCAUCAAACAAUAGACAUCCAGCCAGAACAGCAGUCACAAUGGGAGGAAGGGACCAGACUCUGUAUUGUUUACUCUCCUCUCACACUCACGGGGUAUCCAGAAAAUCUCUCUCUCUCUCUCUCUCGCUCUCUCUCUCUCUCUCUGGUUGCUGCAGGCUGUCCUGCGGUGGCCCUGGCUGCGGUGUAUCUGGUAUUAUUCACAGCUGAAUGUUGGGUUCACUGAGGCUGCGCGGAUCAAACGAGCGACAGCUAGAAUGUAUCCGGUAUUAUGUGAUGCAGUGAACAGGUUCGCUGAGUGAGGGUUUAAUGUGUUUUUCUGUGCACAAGCAGAAUGAGCGCGAGCUGGAACUUCACCUUCUGAAGUGACAGGUAUGACGCUUUGAUGUGAAGGAGAGUCUCCCUCCUCUGGCGGUUUACAGAUACUGCAUAGACACUCUUGAGCCAAAAUAAAUAUUCUUCGACAGGAGUCUGGGACACUGAUGUAUGCUGCUUUAUCUACUUUGACAAACAUUCAUAUAUCUUAAAAAUUUUACAAGUAUUUAGAAGCUUUUUAGUGUAGAUACAGUUAUGGCAAAAUAUUAACUUACAAGUUUGCAAAGCUUGAAUCUCUAAGACCGAAAAAGACAAUAAUAGGAAAUGUGCUGCGUCGAUGUUCACAGUAAGCUUCUAGCAGCCUUUUGCAAUCCAGUGGGGAGAAUAGAUUUUACUGGAAGUCAAGGCAGAGUUAAGGAUUUGGUGGGACCAAGGUUGGCCAGAUAAAAUUUCAUAAGGGGUUCGAUGUGCCUUCCUCCAUGACAGGAUUCUACAUUUAGUUUCUAUCAAAGUGACAAAUGAUCAUUUUUUUAGACUCUAGUUUUUGUCAAAUCACAACAUUUGUUAUCCAAAGACGCUUUCCAAAGAAAGAGCAGGUCUAGACCACGCUCAUGAUUUGAUGAAUUACCAAGACCCAACCUUAAGAUGGGACAUGAUCACGUUCAAGAGGUUUGAUUCUUAAACCCACUUCUCUUUGCAUCAUCAGCACAUUUAUAAAUAACAGCUUAUAGUAAUGUUUAUGAAGUGUUAGAAGCAGUGAUCAUAAUGCCUAAGAAAGGUAAAGGAGAAAACAUGAUUAUACGCUAGGGCUGGGCGAUAUGGCCUCAAAUCAAUAUCACGAUAUAUCGGGAAUGUUCGCCUUGAUAACGACAGAUGGACGAUAACUACUCCACAAGCUGCUCACCCCCUCCCACAUUAACUUCGUCUACUUCAGCCUUACAACUUUUGAACCGUCCUCCAUCUCAUCACCUGUCUUUCCCUCCUGGACUUUUAUUUAUUUAAUUUUUGACACAGAAUUUUGUUAUCGGUAUAUUUUCGGUCUAUCGCCCAGCCCUAUUUCAGACUCUAGUUUUUAUCUCAUACUGCCUGUGAGUGAUAAUAAGCAUUUAUAACAGAUUAUAGUAAUGUUUUAGAAGCAGUGAUCAUAAUACAUUGGAAAAGUAAAAGAGAAAACCUGAUUGUAUGCUAUCAUCACCGUACAAACUUAUACUGGUUUCCCUCUUUGUUGAUUCUCUCCUCAGACUGACUUUAUUCACCAUAAAGUCGUGAGAACUCUCUGACUGUUACAACGAUUCAUAAAUAAUGAUAAUCGUGAUGAAAACAUCAACAAUGACCUAUUUGUAAAGACCACUGUAAAGAAAGGCAGUUUUAGGAAGGUGCUGAUAAAAUAAUCGUCCAACACCGACCCCUAAAAAUUAAUGUUUAGAGACACGUUCGAACUUCAACCUGUUUCAUAACCAGCUACAAAGAUCCUCUCAGAGUUUUAAAGGAUCGAAGUAAGCAGAGUUGUUCUUCCUACCAAACAAUAAUCAGAAAAAAAGCAGCAGAGCAGAGGAGUUGUAGACGAGACUGUUUUUGCAAAGUAAGGCUGGUAAACAGAUUCAGGAUGAUGAAUAUGGAGAUAUCUGCAGGGCCAACGCUGCUGAACCCCGCUGAGACACUCAGUCCUCACUGUAAUUGGCUGUGGGUGGUAACAGCAGGCAAAUCUGAGUGUGUGUGUCUGUUUGUGUGCGUGACCUUCCACCUUGGUCUCCAUUCUUCCAGAUGGGGUUGUCUUUGUUGUCUGAAUGAACUGUCGAGUCUGAAGGCCCAUAAGCUAAUUCAGUCCCACCUCCAACAUUUUGUCCCUGAGUCUCUCCCCUCGCUCCCCCAGCAUCCCCCGGCCGUCUCCCUUCAUCACUCUGUGGGUCUCCUCCUCCUCCUCCUCCUCCUCCAUCUACUCCUCUCUCCUCCGUGUGUCUCUGAUUACACAAUAAGGUCACAGUUACCCCAGUAUUGUGUAACACUCCUCUUAUAGUUAACUACCAAAAACAGCCUCGACCCACUUCCUAACCCAGAAAUAUGAACUGAACCCUCUUGUUUUUAUUUUGGUUUAUGAAUCUUAUUAUUGAAGUUCUGCUGUAGAAGCUGAAAUUAUUUAUCGGUUAACGGAUCAUGAAAGAAGAAAAGAUGCUUCAGAAAAUGUGACGAUAGACUGAUGAUCGAUCGUUGAAAUAUUUGAAAAUAAUAAACAGGCUUUUAUUAUAUAUUCUGUUUUGAACUGAAAAUAUGAAAACAAACACUAAUCUUUGAUUUUUUGGUUGUAUAGAAAAACAAAUAAACAAAAUAUUGACUCAUUUUUUCGUUUUUCGAUUACUAGAUGAAUUGAAUGAAUGGAUAAUACAUGGACCGAGGAGCAUCCCUCUCUAGCUGAAGGUUUUUUAAUCUUCAUAGUUAUCAUUGAUUGAAACUUCUGACUGGCUCUAGUCAGUCUCUGACUACCUGGUUUAAAAAAAAGCAGUUUUCUCAAAGCAGCCUAGAUUAUUUUGUUUAGAAAUCGAGUCUCCAGGUAUGUUUUUGUCUGUGAUUGUGGUCAGAAACGGACAGCACGUUAAAAUAAAUUCAAGCUGCUCUAAUACCAAAACUGACCUGAAAUCACUCUGAAAAUAAAGAAACUUCUAAUCUUCACUUAUCUGUAUCACAUCUUACUAAGAAGGGAGAAGACGUCUAGAAAGUAAUGGCAGAUCAGGCUACUUUACCAGAGCUCGAAUAACCAUCAGCUGGUGAAAUCCACGGGUUCUACCUCAAAACUGGGUCAUCAAAACGCUGUGAAUUCACCGAUUGUUUCUAUACUGCUUUAGUUUUCAAGUUGUCACUUAGAUCCCCGUUGAAACAGCACUAUGAUAUUAGCUGUUUUAUUGGUGUUGGUGCUAGCUGCUGCUGCUGCUGCAGCUGUUUUGUUCGACACAUAUUUGUUUGGAUAAGAUCUUAUUAAGUGACUUAAAAGGUCGUAUAAAACUUGAAAUAUUCAUAGCUCAUGUUUUGCCAGUUGCAGUGAAACAGAGACCAAAUAUUCACUGUUCCGCUCGUUGUUGCAGUGCUUGUUUUUCCUCUAAUAACCUCUAAUGAAAGAAACUUUUAUUAGUUUUUCUAAUGGUAUAGAAAUGAAUUAACACCAUUAUGAAGGAUAAUGAAACAUUUCCAUUAUCAGGUGACUGCUUUAUAUUGUGUGUCCCUUAUUUGUGGCGGGGAUUUUCUACUUUUGUCUCCUUAAUUAAGGCAGCUGUAAUCUGAACUUGAAACUUUUACCUCUGUCCUAAGAGUUAAGAGUGAACUUAAGAGUUUACAAACACAGUUAACAAAGUUUCAUUUUGUAUUUGUUGAAUUUCUGUUAGAGAAACUGAUUAUUCGCGGGACUUUUGUCGUAAGUAUUAAGAACCAUUACUGAUUUUGGUCAGGGAUGUCCCGAUACAACUAUUUUGCUUCAGAUACAAUACCGAUAUUGUAGCCUUCAGUAUUGGCCGAUACUGAUAUUAGUACAAACAUGUGCAUUAAAAGUUUUGCACUCAGCUACAGCGUCUUUUCAGACUCUGAAAGAUACUGCCACACGGCCGACAUCACUCCUACUCCUUGCUACUUUGUUAGUACCUUAAUACACACUGUUGUUGUGAUAAUGUGGGCUCUGCAUGCUAGAUUCGGGUGCUACUAGAUAGAGGUGCUGGACUGGAGUCUGGAAUGGACUGCUUGUAUCAGAGUGCUGAUAUCGUAGAUUUUAGAUGCAGGCCAGUAUAAUCCGAUAUAUAUUAUUUUGCUCAUAUUGGACCGAUAUCUGAUAACAAUAUUGGAUCAGGACAUCCCUCAUUUAGGUAGAGUUGUUUUCAGUGGUUGCCACCCCUGGAUGGUGGAUGGAUGUUUCUUAUAAGAUCUCUGUUUUUCCAACUUUUAAUAUCUCCUUUAUUUCUCUUCUUCCUCCUCUGCAGAUCCUCUCCAGUGUCCAGUGAGGAGCUCCUGCUCAGCUGUGGUUUCCUGCUCUGUAAAGGCCUCGUGUCCCGCAUGGACCUGGUCUCCAUCCACCUCUCCUCCAGCCCUCGUCUCUUCUCCUUCCUCUCGCUGGCCUGGGGCUUCGUGGCGGAUGUCGACAUCGAGAGCGAGAAGUACCGUCACGUUGGGGCGGCACGGUUUACAGUGGGCACUCUCGUGAGGCUGGCGUCUCUCCGCGUCUACAAAGGUCGGCUGGCUUACCUGCCGGCCUCCGAGGACUACAACAACCAGGAGGGUUUGAGGAACAAUGUGACUCUACACUGCAACAAUCAGACGUUAUCUCUGGAUCUGUGUCACCCGUCUAGAGACUCUGUCCGCCAGAACACCUUCCACAACUCCUGCCACUCCAACAACUCCCUCAAAGUGCGGCGGACGGAGAGCACGGUGUCCAAAAGCCCCUCUAAAGCUCUCAGCGGCCCACCAGACUCCCUGCUGCUGCCUCUGGACCAGCCCCUCCCUGUAGACUGGGUCGCAGUGCAGGAGGAAGACUUCGUCCUCAUGCUCGCCAUGUACCAGUCCCACCUGGCUGAGGACCUCUUCGCAGCACCGGACGCCGCCCCGGACGACGGCGUCAUCCACCUUUUCUACGUCCGAGCUGGAAUAUCUCGUGCUGCGCUGCUGAAGCUUUUCUUAGCGAUGGAGAAAGGCGCUCACCUGGGGACAAACUGUCAACACCUGGUGUACGUAAAGGUGCGAGCGCUCCGACUGGAACCAUUCUCACCUAAAGGGAUCAUAACGGUGGAUGGAGAAGUGGUGGAGUACGGACCAGUGCAGGCAGAGGUACACCGAGGCCUGGGCAGACUCAUCACCGGAUGAAGCGAACCGACGUCAUCGCUAGCUUUGGUCGGUCCUCAAUAAAAACAUUUUAGCUUUUUAAAUUAGAAGAGUGCAUGUGAAGAUGGCGAGCGAUGGAUGAAAGAGUGACCCCGAUAUGAAGAUAGACCAGAGAAAACAACCGAUUUUAAGAAUAAAUGGACACCAAAAAGAGUAAAGAUAUAUAUUUAUAGAUGAAAAUGAUCAAUCGGUUAUUUGUUGUUUAAAUGAUAUUUCACCUGUUUCAUUCUGUUUGUUUUUUUCCAUAAUUGGGGCACUUAUGGCAGGUACUCAGUAUUUCAGAGUUUCCUUCACUCAUAAUUAUCACAAAUCCAGGGAUCGGUUCAGAAAGAGCAGUGGUGUGACUCUGAAAAGGAAGGAUGUCUGUUAGAUGUCUGUUUGAGUUUGGUUUAUAAGGGAAACAACAACUGCAGUUUAAGAAGAUAUUCAGUCCUAUGAGCGGAUUCUCCUUUUUCAAAUGAAUCCCUUAAAGUCUGAGUGGUGUAUUUUAUUGUUAAAAAUUAAAAAUAGCGUUUUUUGGGGGCUUUUUCAGUUUGAAAUAAAAUAAUUGGGAGCAUUAGCAUUGGAAGAAAAUAUUGCAAAAUGACAGUGGACAUUUUUAAAUGAUAACAUAAAUAUCCCUGUAAUGUAAAUCUUAACCCCAAUUUUUAAAAGAGUGAAAAUAUUUCAACGCUUAUUCGCUGAGCUUGUAGUUUUUCUAAAUCCCUCUGACACUGGGUUUUUGUGACGAUGAUGGGCCUCUUCUUACAAACAUAAACCUUUAACUUCAGUAGCACAUCACUCAUCAGCACUUUAAGUGUCUGUUACAUCGUCCUGUCUGUCAUUGCAUGAGUAAGAUGUCUGACAUAUCUCUCUGAGUUACAGCUUCUCGUGGUGGGUAGAUCGAUGUCUUCACAGAGACAGGCACUGUGUGUGUGUGUGUGUGUGUGUGUGUGUGUGUGUGUGUGUGUGUGUGUGUGUGUGUGUCUGUGUGUCUGUGUGUGUGUGUGUGUGUGAUGCAGUAUAUGCCAAGUAACUGCGCUGAUGUUGCCUUGGUUUUCACAUUAGAUCAACAGGCUUUGUGACUGUUUAUUAAUCGCAUAGAUCCUUAAUCAGCCCUGCGCCGCUGUUUUUGAAGGUCUGACUGUUUUUUUAAUUAGAUUCUGAAAAAGGAGAAAAUUAUUCAUCUUAACUCUGAAUUUAAUAAUAGUAAUAAUAAUAAUAAAAAUAACAUUUUAAAAAGUUAAAAUUAAAAUUAAAAAAGUCCAAUUUGAAAAGCAAAGAGUUCAGCUCAAAAGUUAUCACAGAGAGUCAGUAAUAAAGAGUGAAGCGUCGUCCCUUUUUCUUCCGAUCAUUUCAAGCUCUUAAUCUUGUAUCUUUAUCGUUGAUUAUUCUAUUUAUACCCUGAUAGAAACAAGCAUGUCUAAAAGAAGACAUGUAUCAUGUAUCAAGUGUAAACCCUCUCCAGGGUUGAAGGUCCAGACUGCUGAUAAUUUCUCCUCAGAGUUUGCUGCAGCAGUUCGUCACAGUCCUCAGUUUUAUGCCAGUUAGUUGAUCUAGUUUCAUUCAUAGUGACUUGCAGUUGAGGUUUGUUUGGUGAGACGUCUCCUCCUUACUAUUAUUUAUUGUGCCAUCUGAAGGUCCGCUCAAAUGUUCGGUGCUGUUUUGUCCCGUCUGUGGUGGUUCAGAAACCACGAGCUGAUCCAGUCGAAGUGAAAGAGCGGCCUUCCACAAAACAAAACCAUAGUGGCUCCUGCAUCCGUCUUCGUCCUCCUCCCUCUCUCUCUUUCUUUCAUCCAUUCAUCCUUCGCUGCUUUCACUGCUGCAGUGCUCUGCAGAGCAAUCUUCGGCUCUGUGUCUCUGGCCCAGGCUGCUUCUUGGAAACACAAACACACAUCACAGAUGUCUCUGAGGAAGAUUCAUCUUAGAUCCCCACCAAGGUGUCCUUACCAUCCAGCUUUAAGUCACAAAGAGGGGAUGAUGACAGGAUAGGUCAGAGUGAAAUGGACUCAGAGUAGUCCUGCCUUAAAUGAGUCUUCAGGGGGGUUAAAACAGCGGCUUAUUGAGUCCACAGAGACGGGGAGGAGGGGGUAGAUAUCGACAUGUUAAAUGCUGCAUGAAGGAGGCGGUGUGUUGUUCCUGACAGGGCGCCCUCAUUCUUCCCUCCUCACCACAACAAAUCAUUUGGGAGCAUUAGCAAACUGUCCUCGCUGACAAGAAGAACGACGGAUGUUUGAUUUCUCCUCCAGGCGCAAACAGAAACUGUAGGAAUCGUAAAACUUGUGGUUACUUGUCAUUUUAAGUGCAAAGAAACCGGCAGGGUUCGAUUCCAAAGCCCUAGAUUCCCAGCAGGAAUGUCCCAUUAUCUGCUUCUGUGUUGAUUCUGUUAAGUUUUGACCAAAAUUGUUUCUCUUGAAGAUGUUUUAAACAUGAUAUUUGCACAUUACUAGUGUGAUGCCAAUGCCGUUUCAAAGCCUUCAUGGGGCGCUGUGGCCCGUUUUGUGAUUAAAAUGCCAUUUCAUUCAUUCGGUUUUACUGCUCCUCGUGAAGGACGAGCACAGACAGUGAGAGAAGUACUUGAAGACAGACCCUUCCUCUCUGCUUUUGUUUCAUUAAAAAGGGGAAAUGUGUUUGGUUGCACUUACAACAUGAGACCUGUCUCUGCAGGAGUUUCCCAACCACUCGGUUAAAAAGUUAAUACUUGUGAUCAUUUCAAAGGUGCACCAAAGAGAGGUUGUUCCUGCAUUAGAUAUUACAUUUAGAGGCCUUAAGAUUAAAAAAAAAUACACUUAAUAAUAAUAAUAAUAAUGAUGAUGAUGAUAAUAAUAAUACUGUGCAGCUGGAAUGUUUUUUUUUUUUGUCUCCUCGCUGAUCAAAGUGCUGCUGACAUGACUGUUUUCAUACAUUUUGUUCUCUAUGCAAAGUCAGGUAUGUGGAGUGAUGCAGUGAUCCUUUUUGAUGUGCCUUGACUGUGCUGCCUCCUGGUGGUGUGAACAUAGCAGUGCAUUCAUUGCUUUCUCUUCUGCAACAAGGCUGACAAUGACUCACAUUCCCAUCACCAUCUUCUUUUUGAUGCCGACAUGCUGGUGAAACUUGAGACGCAAAAGAGAAACAUCUACAGCGUAUAACUGCGGCAUGGAGCUUUCUUUAUAUACCUGCAUUAAACUUUUACCAAUACUGAUGGGCAAUACCGAAGCCUCCUCAUCAAUGAUUACAGAGGAGAACUUCAGCUUUUUCUAAGAUAAUGAUGGACUAGGCUGGAUUAUUGUCAGAAAAGGAACAUAGUUAGUCUCACUGCUGAACUGCUAUUUGAGUCUUUUUUUCCUGCUACUUUGAACUGUUGUCCUCUUGAGUGUUUUAAUGUUGCUGGUGAAGGGAAUCUUUACUGUUUUUGUUUGUUUUUGCACACUGAAGAUUAAAUGAUUGAUACAUCACAGAGAGAUCUAUUUUUCCAUUAGACGAAUGUCUGUAAUUUUUCUAUCGUCAAAUCAAACAUUCUGGAAAGUGGAGUGUUUUUGAUUGAAAAAUAAAUGAGAUGACAAAAAAAAAA